AUGAAUGUCAACGCAUCAGAUACUAUGGGCUCUACACCUCUUGACACCACCAGCAGUCUCCAAGAAGAUGGGCGGAUAUUCAUACCAUUCGAUGUCACAUUCUCUAUCGUGUUUGUUAGCAUCGGCAUGUCUUGUUUUGUCUGGCAGACUAUCGAAUCCGGUUGGAUAUUCCACAAGUCUCAUAAACCACUGCAUGGAAUUGUAUUUGCCCAGGCAUUUUUGGGCGUCGUGGUUACCUUUGUUACCCUGCUUACAUCCUUUGUAGAAAUAAGUUGCACAUUCAGACUACUAUUUUCUGUCGUUGGUGUGAAUCUAGGAGACUUCUGCCUUCAAUAUGUGUUAUUGUGCAAGGCGUACAUCGGAAAUCAGCGAUCAAAGAUCGUACUCUUUUUCGGAGCACUUCCUUUACUCGGUAUUCUUAUUGUCAUCAUACUCAACUUUACUCUCAGUCGAUCAGAAUCUUACUAUGACAAUGGUGUAUGCAUAACAAAUUAUCCAUUGUAUGGUGUCAUCAUUAAAACAGCCGUAGACAGUAUUUCAAAUACAAUGUUGUCUUAUUGGUUUAUUCUGGUAAUAUACCGUCAGUACAAGCUAUUUGGAACCAGUGUCCAAAAGACAUUAAUUGCAGAAGCAGGGUAUCUAUCAUCUUAUCUUAUUAUCAAGCAGUUAAAAUACGUAAAAGAAAGCCCAGAUGCCGAUAAUAGAGCAAGCGACGAAGAAAACCAAAGUAUCCGUAGCCGACUGAGACACGACUUUAUGGAACCUGAACGAGAUACCCUAUCUCUACACCUACCCUUUGACUCCACCGUCAAUUACAGUUUUACAAGCCGCCCAUCUUACGUUAUCCAAAAACACAGUGGAUUUACCGAAAAAUCAGUCAUUAAUACUACCACCAAUACCAAUACCAAUACCACCACAAUUGGGCAUGACAUCUGCCCACCCAGUCCUUUUAGUGUACAGUCACCUUUGGGUGAUACUAUUUCGGAAAUGUUAUUUUGCAGUCCUCGGACAAGUUCAAGGCGCCCUUUAGGCAGUGAGGGUACCUUUGGGUGGAGCCAAACAACUUUGCCUGACGAAGAAAACAAAGAUUCUCCCACCAGCUCUCCAAAAAAUCAACACCGAUUCGCAUGA